CUGAAAUUGGCUGUGACCUUGAGGAAGUUCAGUAGCAAUACUGUAUCAGCAGGAGCAGAGUUCCAGACAGGCUGCCCUUGUUGCAUUGUGCAUGAAACAAAAGAAGAGGCGAUGGCAUUUUCCAUCAAGCCCAAUGGAUCAAAUGGGGAAGAUGAGACCUCAGCCAUAUGGAGGAAGUAACCCAUACACACAGCAGCAGGGACCUCAGACGGGGCCACAGCAAGGCCAUGGAUAUCCAGGACAACCAUAUGGGCCACAGACUCCCCAGAGAUAUCCCAUGGGAAUGCAAGGCAGGACACAGAGUGCAAUGGGCAGCAUCUCGUAUGCACAGCAGAUUCCUCCUUAUGGACAGCAGGGCCCAAGUGCAUACGGACAGCAGAGCCAGACUCCAUAUUACAACCAGCAAAGUCCUCAUCCCCAACAACAGCAGUCGCCAUACUCGCAGCAAGCACCAUCCCAGACCUCUCACUCCCAACCUUCUUAUCAACAACAGCAGACUCAGUCUCAACCUCCGCAGCUUCCAUCGUCCCAGCCUCCAUACUCACAGCAGCAGUCCCAGACGCCCCAUCAGCAGUCCCCAUCUCCAUAUCCCCAGCAGCCGCCAGCAGCCCAGCCACACCAACAGAGCCAGCCUCCGUACUCCCAGCAGCAGUCGCAGUCACCCUACCAGCAGCAGCAACAAACUCCGCAAACAGCCUCCUCUGCUCUUUCUCAGCAGUCUUCUUCAUACCCUCAGUCACAGCCGCAGCAACAGCCACCAUCUGCAUACUCCCAGCAACGCUUUCCACCUCCACAGGAGUUAUCUCAAGACUCGUUUGGGUCCCAAGCAUCAUCUGCCCCCUCAAUGGCUUCCAGUAAAGGACAAGAAGAUAUGAACUUGAAUCUUCAGUCAAGGCCCUCCAGCCUGCCGGAUCUGUCUGGUUCAAUAGAUGAUCUACCAAUGGGUACCGAAGGAGCCCUGAGUCCUGGAGUAAGCACAUCAGGGAUUUCAAGCAGUCAAGGAGAGCAGAGUAACCCAGCUCAGUCUCCUUUCUCUCCGCAUACCUCGCCUCACCUCCCAGGAAUCAGAGGACCUUCCCCUUCCCCUGUUGGCUCUCCUGCUAGUGUUGCUCAGUCACGUUCCGGUCCACUCUCACCUGCUGCUGUACCAGGCAAUCAGAUGCCACCCCGACCACCAAGUGUCCAGUCGGACAGUAUCCUGCAUCCUUCCAUGAAUCAAUCAAGCAUAGUCCAAGAUCGAGGUUACAUGCAGAGGACUCCUCAGAUGCCCCAGUAUAGCUCCCCUCAGCCUGGCUCUGCCUUAUCUCCUCGUCAGUCGUCUGGAGGACAGAUGCAUGCUGGGAUGGGACCUUAUCAGCAGAAUUCAAUGGGAAGCUAUGGACCCCAGGGGGCUCAGUAUGGUCCUCAAGGAGGUUAUCCCAGGCAGCCAAACUACAAUGCUAUGCCUAAUGCCAACUACCCCAGCCCAGGAAUGGGAGGAAGUAUAAACCCAAUGGGAGCAGGGAGCCAAAUGCAUGGUCAGACUGGUGUGCCACCCUAUACUGGGCUUCCCCCAGGAAGGAUGAGCCAUGCUGCCAUGGGGAACAGGCCCUAUGGACCCAACAUGGCAAAUAUGCCUCCCCAGGUGGGGACAGGGAUGUGCCCCCCACCAGGUGGCAUGAACCGGAAAGCACAAGAAGCAGCUGCUGCUGCAAUGCAUGCUGCUGCCAACUCUAUCCAGAACAGGCCUCCUGGCUAUCCCAACAUGAACCAAGGGGGAAUGAUGGGAACUGGACCUCCUUAUGGACAAGGAAUUAACAGUAUGGCUGGCAUGAUAAAUCCCCAGGGUCCUCCAUAUUCUAUGAGUGGGAAUAUGGCCAACAACUCGGCAGGGAUGGCAGCAAGUCCGGAAAUGAUGGGCCUUGGGGAUGUCAAACUGACACCUGCAACUAAAAUGAACAACAAGGCAGAUGGGACGCCAAAAACAGAAUCCAAGUCAAAGAAGUCCAGUUCUUCUACCACCACCAACGAAAAGAUUACCAAAUUGUAUGAGCUGGGUGGUGAGCCGGAGAGGAAGAUUUGGGUAGAUCGUUACCUAGCCUUCACUGAAGAGAAAGCCAUGGGCAUGACCAACCUCCCGGCUGUGGGCAGGAAACCUCUAGACCUUUACCGGCUCUAUAUCUCUGUAAAAGAGAUUGGAGGACUGACUCAGGUCAAUAAAAACAAGAAAUGGCGUGAGUUAGCCACCAAUCUUAAUGUGGGCACGUCUAGCAGUGCAGCUAGUUCUUUGAAGAAGCAGUACAUCCAAUGCCUCUAUGCCUUUGAGUGCAAGAUUGAACGAGGCGAAGACCCACCCCCAGACAUCUUUGCAGCUGCUGAUUCAAAGAAGUCCCAGCCCAAGAUACAGCCCCCAUCUCCAGCGGGUUCAGGCUCCAUGCAGGGUCCUCAAACACCUCAGUCCACCAGCAGCUCUAUGGCAGAGGGAGGAGAUUUGAAACCACCAACGCCAGCAUCUACACCACACAGCCAGAUGCCCCCUUUGCCAGGCGUCAGGAGCAACUCUGUGGGGCUCCAGGAUGCCUUUGCAGAUGGCAGUGACCCAACGUUCCAGAAGCGGAACUCCAUGACUCCAAAUCCAGGGUACCAGCCCAGCAUGAAUACCUCUGACAUGAUGGGUCGCAUGUCCUAUGAGCCAAACAAGGAUCCCUAUAGCAGUAUGAGGAAAGCUCCAGGAAGUGAUCCUUUCAUGUCCUCAGGGCAGGGCCCCAACACUGGUAUGGGUGACCCUUACAAUCGUGCUGCAGGUCCAGGGAUGGGUAACAUGGCCCUGGGACAACGGCAACAUUACCCUUAUGGAGGUCCUUACGACAGAGUGAGGACGGAGCCAGGAAUGGGACCCGAGGGCAGUUUAGGAACCGGAACUCCCCAGGCCAACAUUAUGCCUUCCACCCCUGACUCAGGGAUGUACUCCCCCAGCCGCUGUCUGCAGCAGCAGCAGCAGCAGCAGCAACGACAUGAUUCCUAUGGCAAUCAGUUCUCCACUCAAGGCACAUCCUCUGGCACCCCCUUUCCCAGUCAGCAAACCUCUAUCUACCAACAGCAACAGCAGAAUUACAAGCGCCCAAUGGACGGCACUUACGGCCCACCUGCCAAGCGACACGAAGGGGAGAUGUACAACGUACCCUACAGCACCGGACAGGGACAGGCACAGCAGCAGCUGCCUCCAGCACAGAGCCAACAGCCGAGCCAGCAGCAAAGUGCCCAGCCUUCCCCCCAGCAGGAGCUGUAUAACCAGUAUGGGAGUACAUACCCUGCCACUGACCGCCGGCCUGCUGCAGGGCCGCAGAACCAGUUCCCAUUCCAGUUUGGCAGAGACAGGGUCUCGGCUCCCCCAGGCUCCACCACGCAGCAGAAUAUACCACCUCAGAUGAUGGGUGGUCCCAUGCAGCCUACUCCAGAGGGCCUGCAGCAGGGCAGCCUAUGGCAGGGGCGUAAUGAAAUAGGGUACAGCUAUCCAAACAGGCAGAGUUCCGGCUCUGCGGCGCAGGGGCCUGCUUAUCACGGAGUGAAUCGAACAGAUGACAUUCUCCAUUCAGAGCAGAGGGUCAAUCAUGAGGGACCAUGGCCCUCCCAUGGGAACCGCCAGCCUCCUUAUGGUCCUUCUGCCCCGGUACCCCCACUGACAAGACCCCCACAGCCGAACUACCAGACCCCUCCUAGCAUGCAGAAUCACAUUCCUCAGGUAUCCAGCCCAGCACCUCUGCCCAGACCUCUGGAGAACCGCACCUCGCCCAGCAAAUCUCCCUUCCUGCACUCGGGGAUGAAAAUGCAGAAGGCAGGGCCUCCUGUCCCUGCCUCACACAUAGCCUCAGCAGCCGUACAGCCGCCCAUGAUACGACGGGACAUCACCUUCCCACCUGGCUCAGUGGAAGCUACGCAGCCUGUGCUGAAGCCAAGGAGACGGCUGACAACAAAAGAUAUUGGAACUCCUGAAGCCUGGAGAGUGAUGAUGUCUCUGAAGUCGGGGCUGCUGGCUGAAAGUACGUGGGCCUUAGAUACCAUAAACAUCCUGCUCUAUGAUGACAACAGCAUAAUGACCUUCAACCUCAGCCAGCUUCCAGGGUUGCUGGAACUACUGGUGGAAUACUUCCGGCGUUGCCUGAUAGAAAUCUUUGGGAUCUUAAAAGAAUAUGAAGUGGGAGAUCCAGGACAGAAAACACUAUUGGAUCCUGAAAGGUUCUGCAAGUCUUCAAGUCCCCAUCCUGAAGAGGGGGAGGAAGAGGAGGCACCACAGAGCCCUAACUACGAGGAGGAGGAAGAGGAGGCUGCAUUUGCAAGUAAAGACAAAGCACCCGUAGAGAGCAGUGAGGAAAAACUAGUCAGUAAAUUUGAUAAGCUUCCAGUCAAGAUAGUGCAGAAAAAUGACCCAUUUGUGGUAGACUACUCAGACAAGCUGGGGCGAGUACAGGAGUUUGAAAGUGGACUGCUACACUGGCGGAUUGGUGGUGGAGAUACCACUGAACACAUUCAAACCCACUUUGAGAGCAAAAUGGAGUUACUAUUAACUCACAAACGAGCUUCCUGCAAUUCUGUCUUGAGAAAAUGUUCAGCAGCAGAGAGCAAUCCAGGAACUAGAGAGGGGGAGAAUCUGCCAUCUGAUGGUCCCCCGGAGAAAAGGAUAACAGCUACAAUGGAUGACAUGCUUUCGGCGCGGCCAGGCUCACUGGCGGCGGCGGAGGAGGAGGAGGAGGUCAAAAACUCGGCAGCAGCAAAGGAAAGCAGCAAAUUUCCAUUUGGCAGCAGUCCAGCUCAGAGCCACAGAAAUAUAAAAAUUCUGGAGGAUGAACCUCACAGUAAGGACGAGACACCCCUCUGCACCAUCCUAGACUGGCAGGACUCUCUAGCUAAACGUUGCGUCUGUGUGUCUAACAUCAUCAGGAGUUUAUCAUUUGUGCCGGGCAAUGACUUUGAAAUGUCUAAGCACCCCGGUCUGCUGCUGAUUCUAGGGAAACUGAUUCUCCUGCACCACAAGCAUCCGGAACGCAAACAGGCACCACUGACAUAUGAGAAGGAAGAGGAACAGGACCAAGGGGUGAGCUGCAACAAGGUGGAGUGGUGGUGGGACUGUUUGGAGAUGCUGCGUGAAAACACGCUGGUUACACUGGCCAACAUUUCCGGUCAGCUGGACCUCUCCCCUUACCCUGAAAGCAUCUGUUUGCCUGUCCUGGAUGGGCUCCUCCACUGGGCUGUAUGUCCAUCAGCAGAGGCCCAGGACCCUUUUCCAACCCUGGGACCUAACGCUGUCCUCUCCCCUCAGAGACUGGUUUUGGAAACUCUCAGCAAACUCAGCAUCCAGGACAACAAUGUGGAUUUGAUUCUUGCAACUCCUCCCUUUAGUCGCUUGGAGAAGGUCUAUAGCACCAUGGUGCGUUUCCUUAGUGACCGAAAGAACCCCGUGUGUCGGGAGAUGGCUGUGGUACUGCUGGCCAACUUGGCGCAGGGUGACAGCCUGGCAGCCAGGGCAAUUGCUGUGCAGAAGGGCAGCAUUGGCAACUUGUUGGGCUUUUUGGAGGACAGCCUGGCAGCCACUCAGUUCCAGCAGAGUCAGGCCAGCUUGAUGCACAUGCAAAACCCUCCCUUUGAGUCAACGAGUGUGGACAUGAUGCGUCGGGCAGCUCGGGCGCUGCUUGCCCUGGCCAAAGUGGACGAGAACCACUCUGAGUUCACGUUAUAUGAGUCGCGGCUGUUGGACAUCUCCGUGUCGCCUUUGAUGAACUCGUUGGUUUCACAAGUUAUUUGUGAUGUACUGUUUUUAAUUGGCCAGUCAUGACAGCCGUGGGAUGCCUAUACCCCUGUGUGCGUGUGCGUGAGUGGAGAACUUAGAAACUGACUGUUGCCCUUUAUUUAUGCAAAACCACCUCAGAAUCCACUGUCUGCCCUGCGCUGCCCUGCUUCUCCUUGGGGAAAGAUGUCCCCCUUCCCUUUUCCCUUUACCCUACCCUCAACUCUGCCCUGAAUCCCCAGUUAAAGGAGACAAAAGUUCUGCCUACGUAGAAGACUUUUUUAUUUUAACCAAAGUUACUGUCGUUUACAGUGAGUUUGGGGAAAACGACUUGCCGUGUUAUCACAUCGACAGGCGCCACUUUCAUAGCUGUUUUUAAUGGUAAACUCUGAAGGACACAAGUGACUGCUGAACUCUGUGUGGUUUAUCGUUGUACAUUCACAAUCUUGCAGGAACCAAGAAGUUACCGGUUGUGAACAGACCUUGUCCAAUGGAGGCCUGUGCAGUAGAGUGUAGAACUUCAUGUACUGUACACCUUAAACUGUAAACAUACUGUAAUAAUGUCUCACAUUGAAAAAAAAAAAACGCUGGAUCAGCAGCAAGCUGUA